GAUGAAAGGAAUAUCCGGGCCCAUUGAAUUUAAAGAGGGCCGCAGAAUUCAGUUUAAAUUGGAUCUUCUGAAACUGAAGCAGCACUCGCUCGUCAAGGUCGGCGAGUGGCGUCCCGACGCCGGCGUCAACGUCACGGAUACUGCGGCCUUUUUCGAGCCCGGAAUCGCGAACGUGACGCUGAUCGUGAUCACUAUACUGGAGCAGCCAUAUGUAAUGCUGAAGAGCGGAGGGAACUUCAGCGGGGACGCGCGCUACGAGGGCUUCUGCAUCGACCUGCUGAAGGAGAUAGCGCGCAUGGUGGGCUUCACUUACAGGAUCGAGCUCGUGCCGGACGGCAAGUAUGGCGUUUACGAUUACGAGACUGGCGAGUGGAACGGGAUAGUGCGCCAAUUGAUGGACAAGAAGUACGCGCGUGCAUGAAAGGCUCUAUGAAUCUGACGCAAUCAAGCGCUCCAUCUUGUAGUCGCCGGAUCGUGAAACUUUCGAAAGGACAUCAUAACUACAUGCAUACAGGAGAAGCAGUAUAUACACAGUCUGCUGUGUUAUCCCGAGACUGAUGAGAUCUCACCGUGGUAAUAUAGUUUAAUACACGAUGACGGACGCAACAAAGGAUAGUUAAGCGAAUUUCAACGGAGACAGGGCGCAAGUAUUGGCAUUUGUGAAGAGAUGCACUUCACGUGGAAAUAUCGAUAAUAUUACCCGCGCAAGGAAAUGACGUUGUCCUGCCAAUCCCGGCGAACCUUAUCGCUCGAGACUCAGUCGUGGCUGUUUAUUUUAAAAAUUGCACUCCCCGCCUCUCUCACGGAGUUGAUCGAAAGAUAUAUUGGAGUUGUCGUCUGAGAAACGCUCGGAAACUCAUUAAUCACGCAAAUUGAUAAUCGUGUCUUGACGGCGGCACUCCCCCGGGUACAAGGGAUUUGCGAGCCGCGUUAUCGGAAACCGUGUCUCGUUUUACCGCCGCGCACCGAAUUUGCGUAUCGAGAGCGAAUCGUGUACUUUGCGCUAAACGUAGGCUUAGGCGCGCUGAAUGCCACUUCGCUUUUGCAAUUCAAAUCGAGGACAGAUGCGGAUAUAUGCGUGCGACAUCCCCCGCAUCCACGUGAGGAAAGCGUGAAACUAGCCCGCCUAUUGCCGUUUACGUCUACAUUUCAAGUAGGCGCCAAAUGUGCCGGCGCGCGUGCGAUUGAUUAAGUGGCGCGCAUAUGCGCGCAAUUCUGUUCCACCGAAUUUCAAUAUCCCGCUGAUAUUUGUAGCAGAUUGCAACAGCGACUGCACGCGGCACCGCCGUGAUAACAAUGUCUCUCGGCGCGCUCGCGUUGCCGAGCAACAUAGUAGCAAAGAUACCGCCGGAAAAGAGAGAGAGAGAGAGAUCACAGGUAACCCUCAGUUGUAGACUUUGUUGCACGAGUAGUGUCCCGUUGUAAAUACACGUAAAUCAUAGUGAUUACACAGCAAUCUCAUGCGCUUAGUCGCAACAGUAAAAAUGAUAGAAUUUCAGCGCUGCGCACGCAAGGUGGACAAACUUGCCGUUUAUUUUGCGACGGGCUGAUUUGUACAAAAAAAUACCGAAACGAGUCAAUCUCGUUUACGCGGGGAAUGUAUGACCGUGAUAAAUCCAACCAAGUGUUGUUUCAUUCCCUCGCUUUCAUCCCCGCAUAAAUCUGCCAGUUGCAAAAUAAACGGGAUGGAAAAUUUUCCGCAGCUCACCCCCCCGUGUUUUGCACUUCUCUCAUUAAGAUUCGUUAAUUGGAUUCUAACCAAGAAAUAGAGGCGCGGUUUGACACGUCGGACAGGGCAAAUAGAUCUCCGCACUUUACAGAUGAAAAUUUCUUUCGAACUGAACAGCGCCUGGCGUUUCGCGGCGAAACACGCUUCUUCGCUCGGCGCGUUUAAAAGCGCGUGUUUUGG